UAACUGGCUCACCAAUCCCAUACCCGACUGGUAACCGGACGAGAGGCCGUGGUUCGUCAUAUGAUUAAGCCGUCUUAUCGGCUUUCUUUCCCCCCGGGAUAAAUAUGUAAAUCCCAUCCUAUAGCCCAGCAAUGUUGAUAUAUGUUUACUAUGUUUUUAUUACAUUGAAGGAAAAUGUCUAAUAUCUGUUAAUUUUGUGUAAAAUAGAAAAUUAGUGACGCAACAACGAAAUAUUUUUAAUUGGGCGACAUGGAUAUGGAGAUCAGGGGAAGUACGUCGUUUUGCAGUGUGAAUGAUGUUAAAGAAAAGCAUCAUACUUGUGAAGUAUGUGCAAAACAUUUUGCAACACUUAGAAACUUGAAAUACCACUUGAGAAUCCAUACAAACGAAAAGCCCUAUGCUUGUGAAGUAUGUGGGAAAGAUUUUGAAAGAUCAAAUAGCCUGAAAAAUCAUAUAAGAAGCCAUGCAAAAGAAAAGCCUUAUACUUGUGAAAUGUGUGGGAAAGAUUUUGCAUGGCCAAGUUAUUUGAAACGUCACAUACGAACCCAUACUGGAAAAAGACCUCAUGCUUGUGAAAUAUGUGGGAAAUAUUUUGCAGAGACAGGUGAUUUGAAAAUACACAUACGAACGCAUACUGGAGAAAAACCUCAUGCUUGCGAAAUAUGUGGGAAAGAUUUUGCAUCGCCAAGUAAUUUGAAUCGUCACAUACGAAUCCAUACUGGAAAAAGACCUCAUGCUUGUGAAAUAUGCGGGAAAGAUUUUGCAGAGACAGGUAAUUUGAAAAGGCACAUACGAACGCAUACUGGAGAAAAACCUCAUGCUUGUGAAAUGUGUGGGAAAUGUUUUGCAAGGCUGCAUCAUUUGAAAAAUCACUUGCGAACGCAUACUGGAGAAAAACCUCAUGCAUGUGAAAUAUGUGGAAAAAAUUUUGGAAGAGCAGAUAAAUUAACGUACCAUAUAAGAAUCCAUACAAAUGAAAAGCCCUAUGCUUGUCAAAUAUGUGGGAAAGACUUCCGAAAUACAAGUAAUUUGAAAAUGCACAUGCGAAACGCAUAACUGGGAGAAAAACCUCAUGCUUGUGAAC